AUGGCCGAAGUCGAGACGCCGUAUUACGAUCCGGCCGACACGGAUGAAGCGAUAUAUCCGUGCAAAGGAUGCAACGAGAUCCUGGAAGAGGGCAAGGCGUUCGAGCUGGCAGGAUCUCGUUGGCACAUCGAUUGUUUCCGCUGUAAUACGUGCGGGACACUACUCGACUCCGACGCAAACCUCUUACUACUAGGCGAUGGCUCUCUCAUUUGCAACAAUUGCACCUACAGCUGCAACGCAUGCGGCAACAAAAUCGAAGACCUCGCCAUCCUCACCGGAGACCAAGCGUUCUGCAGCGCCUGCUUUCGAUGUCGCAAUUGCAAGAAGAAGAUUGAGAACCUGCGUUAUGCGCGCACGUCGCAAGGCAUAUUUUGUAUGAGCUGUCAUGAAGCGCUUAUGGCGAGGAGACGAAAAAGGACAAAAACAAGCUCAAAGGCAGCUACAAACAGCACGGCGCAAGUCAAAGAGAAAGCUCUGCCUUCUCUGCCUCCUGGCGCUGUGCCACCCGCCGCUUUCACGCCAGACGCAGAGACGCCGCCCUUGGAUUCGCAGACAAGCACGCCAGGUGUACGCUCGCCACCAGAGAGGAUGCAAAGUCGAAGAGAUGCGCCAUCAAACAACCUGAAGCGGGAUGUGUCACCUCUGUCAGACGACGCGCGCAGAGACGGACCUACUCUACCUGCGAGCACGUACAAAAGUACCAGACAAUCGAAUCUAUCACGAGAAUCCUUCGAUGACGACGAGCAAGGCUUUCUUACAAUGGCUUUCGAUCCGAGCCCCAUCCCUGGGCCGCCACCGACGAUUGCGAGGAAGGAGGUCCCGCGACCACAGGACCCAUCGCCGCCUGCGCAGCUCGACGCGCGUUCUCGAGAUUACUUCGGUAGCAUGGGUAGCAAGCCGAGCGGGAGAGAAAUGCUGAAGGAAGACGUGCGCCCGGGCUCAUCACGGUCGGUGUCCACUGAGCGAGAAAGAGAUCGGAAUAGCGCACAAGCAAAAGCGAGCCCGCAUAUACUCUCGCAGGCGAAGGGGGCACCUAGGAGACGAGAAGUGUCUGGGAGCAAUACCCCAGCAUCUGGAUCUGCGGUCGUUUCACCAUUGCUUGCUCAAGACCGCGACGACCGCCUCAAAGCCCAAUCUGCCGAAUCGAGUAGCCUCGCCGUGAAUCACAACAAUGGCUUCAAGCUGCAGGAGGCUCCAAAGACAAGGAGGACAGGAUCGAGAACUAGCUCUCAAGUCGACGGCAGAUCACCGGCACUCAGCUCAGAAAGAUACUCGCCAGCAUCAUUCUCGCCUAGGGGAGUCGAUGAGAACGACAGAGUUAUAUCGCAAUCACCCGCAUCGCAGGACUCAGGCGUCAACCCCUUCGAUGAUCCAAAGCGGAAAGAGACUGGUGGCUCCAGCACCUCUUCUGCACCUUCCAAGCAGCCACCUCUUCCAGUCCGUGGGGACUCGCUCGUUCCCGGAGGUCGUAGAAGCAAGCCAAUGAGUCCAGAGACCAAUGCGCCAACGUUCAGCUCCGCACCUUCGCAGACAUCGCAUGAGAGGACGGCCUCUCUCUCUUCCGCGCACUCUGUGUUCGCAGAUGCCCAAAGCACGUUUUCUGGUGCAGACAGCCGCAGCAAGCCCGCUGACUCGCCAUCGGCGCGUACUAGCUUUGACGCGCCGCCACCGCGAGCAUCGAGUCGAACUGCACCUGUCAUGGCCGCCCCGACUGAAGAGUCCUUCACGGCGCCACGGCCGCCUCCCCCUGCCCCUGCAGCACCAUUGCACCGGACGACUGAGUCUAUCGGUACGAUGCACAGCAGUGAGAUUGCCCAGGAUGUACCCAUAUCGCCAUCAUUGCGGAGUGCUGGUCUGCCGAAGCAGAGCCUGGAUAAGCCGUUCUCCAUGGAAGAAGACAUGGCACGCAUUUUACGUGGCGACGCGCGCCGAAGCAACGAGCCAUCAGCGUCAGUCCUCCGCAAAGUUUCGAAUGCUGUGAAGCACGGAAGGAGCUUCAGCGACAGAGGUUUGCAUUCUGCUGGAAAGUCUUCAUCGACUGGAAAUGUUGAGAUCAGCUCUCCAAUGACGAUAAGCAGUCCUAUGCUGUCAUCGCCCCGGAGUAAAGACAGCAACGAUCAGCUGGCAGCACAGUUGCGACGCGCACAGCAAAAGAUCGUGGAGCUAGAAUCGGAAGUCAAUCGCCUGGAAAGCCAAGUGAACAGCUCAGCUGAUAUCAAAGCCGCGGACAAUGAGAUUAAAGAGAAGCGAGGCACUAUGAUCUUCUUGGACAGUCAACGAGAGAUGGUGGUUCGCGAGCUGGAGGUCAUGACCGAGCAUCUCGCUCGCGCUAAGGCCAACAACAAACCUCUAGACCUGAAUUCCCUGCAGAGCGAGGUGCUCCAAGACUUUGCCGAAUCUCUUCACAAGCUCAAAGACCAGAUGAGCCAACAGAUCGAGGAGCUCAUGAGCCGGCGCAACGAGCUCACAGACGAGAUUGGCAACCUCAUUCAGAUGAAGGACAAGGGCUUCCAGGAGUACGAGAUCCUGAGCAGCAAGAACGCACAGCUGGCCGAGAUGAACAACAAGAUCCUGCAGAACAUCCAAGACAUGUAUAAAUCGAAUCGUGGAGCCAACGGAACUGCCCCGAUGCCGAACGGACUUGGAAUAUACCAUCCGGACGCCAGACCGAGUAUCUCAGCCCCCUCAGAGGUUCGGCAGCUCAAUAUGACGACGACAGACUCUUCAAUGCCGAAUCUGCUACAGGAGAACGAGGCCGAACCAGCUACCAUUUUGACCGCGCCGCAAGUCGUUAACAUCCGCAAGGGACAGCCCAAAAAGUUCAACUGGCGCAAGGGAGGCGAGCGAGUGGCGAAGAAUGUAACAAAAGGCAUCAAGGGCGCCUUUGUGAGCGAGCGCAAAGAAGGUGAUCCUCCGUACAACAUUGGCAUGCCCUACAAUCAGACGCAGCAGCCUGUUGGUGGCAGUGACCAGAACAGCUUGAAUUCUCGGCAGGGCCUUGAUGGUAGGCCUGCGCAGGGAUUUGGGUUCUUCGGACAGAAGAAUCCUGGGUUGAAGCCUGGUGGGAUUGGGAACAUGAAGAACAACAGCAGCACUAAUCUGGCCGCUGAUGCUUCUGUCCUCUUUGGCUCCGAACUCGAGGCCCGCUGCGAGUACGAGAAACGCGUCAUCCCGCACAUUGUCAGCCGCUGCAUCGACGAGGUCGAAGCGCGCGGCAUGGACAUGGAAGGCAUCUACCGCAAAUCCGGCGGCUCCGGGCAGGUGAAACUGAUCCAGCAGGGCUUCGAAAAGGACACCAACUUCGACAUCACCGACGAAGAUCUCGACAUUCACGCCGUUACGAGCGCGUUGAAACAGUAUUUCCGCAAACUUCCCACACCCUUGAUCACGUACGACGCCUACGACUCCUUGCUCGAAGCCGGACGCGUGCAGGAGAAGGAGAAACAGGCGAUUGCUUUGCGAGGGGCGGUGAUGGAGUUGCCGGAACAUCAUCGGGAUUGUCUGGAGUUCUUGGUCUUGCAUCUUGUGAGGGUGAUGGCGGCGGAGAGCAGUAAUUUGAUGACACCACUGAAUCUGGCGGUCGUGUUUGCGCCCACGAUCAUGCGGCCGGCGACGAUUGAGCGAGAGAUGUCGGACAUGCAGGCGCAGCGGCAGGCGGUGCAGGCGCUUUUGGAGCUGAAUCGGGUCGUUUUUCCGGACGAGUAA